AUUUCUCCCCACCUACAUCUCUCCCUCUCUUGCUCCUCAUCUCCCAGUAAGCCCUUAUUCAUUUCUGCGUAUGGGCAGGGGGGGUGAACAUGGAAUCGUUGGGUCUUUUUGUCCUGCUCAUACUUGUGUUUUUCCACUGGACAGCUGCUUCUUCUGCUGACAAAAUCACCUGGAGCUAUUCUGGUUUGGUUGGUCAGUCCGAGUGGUCAGAGUAUUUUCCUGAGUGUGGUGGUACUUCCCAGUCACCCAUUGAUGUGGUAACGACUCAGACUAAAUAUGACCCCAGUUUGAUUCCAGUGGAGCUGCCGGGCUACAGCCAUUAUGGCAACCUGCCCUUUGCAAUGCACAAUAACGGACACUCCGUGAUUGUUGAGCUUCCAGAGUGGAUGGGGCUUGGGGGGCUGCCGUGGUUCUAUACAGCCGUUCAGCUGCACUUCCACUGGGGCAGUGGUGGUCCAGGUCAUGGGGGCAGUGAACACACCAUCAAUGGAAUGGGUUCAGAUGCAGAACUCCAUGUGGUCCAUUACAACUCUGAUCUCUACCCCAACAUGUCAACAGCGAUGACAAAGAAAGAUGGCCUGGCUGUUCUAGGAAUUCUCAUUGAGACAGGUGAAGAGACGAAUCCUGGGUAUAAUCACAUCAUUAACCACUUGAGCCGCAUCAGACAUGCAGACAAGAGAACGUUCAUCCCAGCCUUUGACGUCCAACAGCUACUCCCCAAAGAUCUGGGAAGCUACUAUCGCUACAACGGCUCCCUGACAACCCCGCCCUGCUACCAGAGUGUUCUCUGGACAGUGUUUCACGAAAGGGUUAAGAUCUCAAAAGCACAGCUCCUGAAGAUGGAGACGAUACUUUACUCCACUAAAGAGCAGGAAGCUGACAGGAUGCUGCUGCAGAACAACUACCGGAUAACGCAGCCCCUCAACCAGAGAGUCAUCUUUGCCUCUUUCUCUGAAGGAUCAGGCAGGAAGCUCACCUCUGGUGAGGUGACAGCCAUUGUGAUCGGAGUGAUGUGUGGCUGCGUUGGUGUGGCAGUGAUCAUUCGCUUCAUCGUAAAGACGAUACGAUUUUUUAAACUCCUUCACCUCGAAACAGUCGCGGUAAACAGCUCUACUUCUAGCUGGGACAUCCUGCACAAUAACCGGCCUGCUCCAAUGCCAAGGACAAAAGAGACAGAGCAAUCGCAGGAGAAAAAAACAGACCUGGUUGUGAUGACGACCUCAGAAUCUGAAAGGAAAGAAGAGUCGUCACCAUCUCCUCAGACCAAGCCGUAGCGGGACAUCCCACCUAAGGACCGUUGAAAUUUCAUAUCAGAAGUCAUUUUACAGAUCUAUGUGUUCUACGGGGAGGCAAACCUAUUUUUUCUGCAUCCUUCAUGUAGAAACUGCAACAACACAUGAGAGAUGAAUGAUAUUUUUAAAGUAUCGCAUUGUAUUGUAGGUGGAAGGUCUUUCCCAACCAAAUUUGGCUCCAUUUCAGCCAUCUCAUGCAACCCUCCCCCCCAGAUCCAAGAAGAGAAAUGCCAUUUUGCUGGUUAAAUGUUUGGCAUAGUUCCUGCAUAUGAGUCUCUGAUGAAGAACACAUGUAGGCAUGGGUUUUAAUCUUCCUUGUAAUGUCCCUUCACAUUUUCUAAAACCCAAACACACUGCACUAACUAUUUGUAAGCUUUUGACAACUAAACACUUUGGAGUAAUCUAAAAAGAUAAGCCAGAAAGCAGACAAUGUUGAUGUAAAAAAACACAUGAGAGGUGACAUGUACAUAGAGCUGCUGUACAAACAUUUCAGAGAAGAUUUUAAAUCUGCAUACUUUGUUGUAAAUGGAAGAGUUAUAUUUAUGUACAUACAUUUACUCUGUUGAAUAGAGACUUUCCAAAACAGCAUGUCAUCUGUAUUGUGUCCAACUUGUCUGAGCACUGAAUUAAAACAUCUGAAUGCAAAAAA